CCGGCUAACGAAAAGUAAAAGACUGAGAGAGCAAACAUUUAUAUUUAAAGUCUUUUCAGACCAGUUUAUCCCGAAAAAAAAUAAUGUGACCUUACACGAUAGAGUUGCCUUUUACGUUUUCUGCGGUUGAUAACAGAUUUAAAAAUGCCAUACCAUUGGCAGAGUCACAAUGUCAAGACCAGUGGGGUCGAUGACAUGGUCCUGCUGCAGAAGAUAUCAGAACCGGCCAUAGUUGAAAAUUUGAAAAAGAGGUUUAUGGAAGAUGUCAUCUACACAUAUAUAGGACCAGUAUUAGUCUCCGUCAAUCCAUUCAAACAUAUCAACAUAUUUACAGAUAGAGAAGUAGAGCUUUACCAAGGAGCGGCUCAAUAUGAAAACCCACCACAUGUGUAUGCCUUGGCAGAUAACAUGUACAGAAACAUGCUUAUUGACAUGGAAAACCAGUGUGUUAUCAUCAGUGGAGAAAGUGGUGCAGGAAAGACUGUUGCUGCUAAGUUUAUCAUGGGUUUCAUCACAAAAGUCUCAGGUGGAGGAACUAAAGUACAGAAAAUAAAAGACGUCAUUUUAGAAUCAAAUCCACUCUUGGAAGCCUUUGGAAAUGCCAAAACUGUUAGAAACAAUAAUUCUAGUCGAUUUGGCAAAUAUGUAGAAAUGCAGUUCAGUAGAGGUGGCGAGCCUGAUGGUGGUAAAAUUUCAAACUUUCUUUUAGAAAAGUCAAGAGUUGUUAGUCAGAAUUCAAAUGAAAGAAACUUCCAUAUAUUUUAUCAAUUGUUAUUUGGUGCAGAUGAUCAAACAAAACAGAAUCUUGGUUUAACAACCCCAGAUUAUUACAACUAUUUAAAUCAGACUGGUACUUAUAAAGUGGAUGGUACAGACGAUGUCCAAGAAUUCAAAGACACUAUGAAUGCCAUGAGAGUUGUUGGCAUACCUCAUGAAACUCAUGACGAAAUCCAGUCUCUGAUAGCAUCUGUUCUCCACAUAGGAAACAUACAGUUUGCGGAAGAUGGAAAUUAUGCAAAAGUUCAUAACAGUGACUUUUUAGAAUAUCCAGCAUAUCUAUUAGGAAUUGAUCAAGAAUUUCUAAAUAAGAAAAUCACUAGUCGAACAAUGGACAGUAAAUGGGGAGGAAAGUCGGAAAAGACAGAGGUUACAUUUAAUGUGGAGCAAGCAGAAUUUGCUAGGGAUGCUCUGUCAAAAGCUUUAUAUUCCAGAUUAUUUGACUAUUUGGUGGAUUCUGUGAAUCGUGCUAUGAUCAAAGACCAUGAUGAAAUCAAUAUAGGAAUCUUAGACAUUUAUGGUUUUGAAAUAUUUCAAAAUAACGGAUUUGAACAGUUUUGUAUCAACUAUGUGAAUGAAAAACUACAGCAGAUUUUUAUAGAGUUGACUUUAAAGGCAGAGCAGGAAGAAUAUGUCCAGGAAGGUAUAAAAUGGACACCUAUAGAUUACUUUAAUAAUAAAAUUGUCUGUGAUCUCAUUGAAUCAAAGAAAAAUCCUACGGGUAUCAUGUGUAUAUUGGACGAUGUGUGUGCAACCAUGCAUGCAGUAUCCACCGGUGCUGAUCAAACAUUACUGCAGAAAUUAAGUGCAGGAAUAGGAGUUCAUGACCACUACCAAGGAAUUAGUGUUGGUUUUGUUAUUCAUCAUUAUGCUGGCAAGGUAACAUAUGAGGCAGAUGGUUUUUGUGAGAGAAACAGAGAUGUAUUAUUCAAUGAUAUAAUACAGCUAAUGCAAUCUAGCCAGUCAGACUUUUUAAGAUCUUUAUUCCCUGAAGAUGUUUCAGGACAGACCAAAGGAAGACCAUCAACAGCAUCAGUAAAAAUCAAAACUCAGGCAAACAAACUUGUGGACACACUAAUGAAGAGUACACCACAUUACAUUCGAUGUAUUAAACCCAAUGAGACAAAGAAGGCCCAUGAUUUUGAAGAAAGCCGAGUGAAGCAUCAAGUAGAGUAUUUAGGGUUAAAAGAAAACAUUAGAGUCAGAAGAGCAGGAUAUGCAUUUAGAAGAGAGUUUGAAAAAUUCCUUAGAAGAUAUGCAAUUUUAACCCCUGAAACUUGGCCUAAUUGGAGAGGUGAUCCUAAACAGGGAAUUCAACAUUUAAUGAAUACUGUCAAUAUGGAUAAUGACCAAUGGCAGCUAGGAAAAACCAAAGUCUUCGUUAAAAACCCAGAAUCUCUUUUCUUGUUGGAAGAAAUGAGAGAAAGGAAGUUUGAUAGCCAUGCCAGAAUUAUUCAAAAAUUCUGGAGAAAAUACUUUGCCAGAAAACAGUAUUUCAAACAAAGAGAAGAAGCAUCAAAUAUUCUUCUCAAUAGAAAAGAGAGAAGGAGGUUCAGUUUGAACAGGAACUUUGUUGGGGAUUACAUUGGAUUGGAUGAUCAUCCUGCAUUACGAGCUCUAGUCGGCAAACGAGAAAGGAUAGAUUUCGCUGAAACAGUAUUGAAAUAUGAUAGACGAUUUAAGGUUGCCAAAAGGGACCUGUUGUUGACACCCAAGUACAUGUAUUUAAUAGGCAGGGAAGUGAUAAAAAAGGGACCAGAUAAAGGAAGGAUGAUUGAAGUGGUUAAAAGAAAGAUUGCAAUAGGUGAUAUCAGACAGGUUUGUUUAAGUCCGCUCCAGGAUGAUAUGAUGGUCCUACACAUAAACAAUGAAUACAGUAGUAUGCUAGAGUCCAUGUUCAAAACUGAAUUUUUAGCAACAUUGAAUAAACGGUUGAAAGAAACUGUGAACAGAGAAAUCAGCAUUAAUUUUUCCGAUGCGAUUGAGUUUCCUGUGAAGAAGGAAGGUUGGGGAGGAGGAGGCAAUCGAGUUCUUAAGUUUGUCAAACUUAACCAGGUUCAGGAUGUAGCUACACUAAAACCUUCAGGGAAAACAUUGACUGUCAGCAUUGGUCCUGGAUUACCUAAAGAUUCAAGACCAGGCAUGAAGAAAAUGGCAGUAUCCAAUGGUUCAAUGAAUCGUAGAAACCGUAUGUCGCAAAGAGGACCUCCAUCACGUCCGGCUCCUACAGGUCCACCUCCUUCACAAGGUGCACCACCCAUACCUACAUCAAGCAGGCCAACAGGACGAGGUGGACAAAGAAGAUCAAAAAGAUUUAGUGAAAAUGCCCCAUCACAUCCUAUACCAAAGUUAGGCAAUGUUGGUCGUAAGAAUAGCAAGACAGGAUUGAACACAGACUUCCUAAAAACACCAGAAUCUGGCAUGGCUGGGCUGCGACAUAUUGACGAGGAGCGUAUGAAUGAUGUACAAAGAAAUAAAACAGCUUCAAAGAAGCCACCACCAGGAGCAGGAAGACCUAAGCCCCCACCGGCACCUAAACCUAAAGCAUUUCCUCAAUGUCGCUGUCUCUAUGCCUAUGAUGCUCAGGACACUGAUGAGCUUAGUUUUAAUGAAGGAGAUGUCAUUGAAAUUGUCAAAGAAGAUCCAGCUGGCUGGUGGACAGGGAAACGACAUGGAAAACAAGGGCUAUUUCCUGCAAACUAUGUAGAGAAGCUAUGAGAUGGACUUUAGUGUUACAUACUAUCCAAAAUCUUUAUUGACUGGGUUAAACUAUCUAAACUGUAGUCUUUCCUUGUUAAAAUAUUUUAUAUUUUAUCGCCUGAUACCAUUAUGACUUACAACUUUAAAAGUGCUGAAAUGAUAUCCGAAAUAUUUGUUAACUAAAAUGAAGCAUAAACUGUGAAUUAGUCCCUUUUCAGAGGUUUUUAAGGAUCUAGUCGAUCAAUGUUCAAUGUCUCUCCUAAGUUUCUAAAUUGCAAUACCAGUAACUUACAAAACAAACAUUUUACAAUAUUUAUUGAGAAUCGUUAAAGUUUUCUCUCUAUAUUGAUAACAUGUCUGUGCUCGGUGCAAAUUCAAUAGAUAAGUUACUGAUUGAUACAAUUUGUGCUGGAAUUAGUCCCCUUUUGUCGCCAUGUUGGAGGAUAGGAAUGCCCUUUACCGUCAGUCGUCAAAUGUUCAUUUUCGACUACCGUUAGCAUCAAAUUGGUUAAAAUUUUAUAUUGAUUCGUCAAAAUUUCCUUAUUGUGAUUCGUCAGAGGUCUCAAUUAAUUAACUGUUAUCGUUAUUUUUGGAAAGAAUUUAACGUGAUUUGUCAAAAUCAGUCGAUUUUUUUAUCGUCAUAAAGAAAGCGUACAUUUUAUUGUCAUGCACCAAAAAUUACCGUUAACGUCAUUUGGCAAGAUUUUUUACAGUUAUUCGUCAUGAAGGUACCCCCAUUACGACCCUAAUGUUGGAGGUCUAUGUGCAGAAAUUCCUCCAUAUUUUAAUUUUGGAUUUUUUAGCCCUGCUUGAAUCAUCACUACAAUCUAGUAAGGAUCUCUUAUCAGACUUGUUUGUACCGCAUGUUUUAAUUUGGUCAGUCAUAUAAGAAAAUCAACCGUUUAUCCCUCCAAAAUGGCAGCCAAGGGAAAUAACUCAAACUCAAAUUAUGUCAUAUUGAAACCUAUCCAUAAGUUUGUUAAUGAUUAAGUAUAAAUCUCCACUUGUGUAUAACAUGUCACCUCAUUUGCUAUGUUGAUAUGAUCUGAUGAUAUUCUGACUGCUUAUUUUCAUAUUUUGGUUGUUAAAUCAUGCUUUUAGAAUCCAUUUUCUUUAACAUUUUUACUCUUAGUAUAGUUAUUUCAAGGGUAAGGAGUAGCUAAGUUUUUUCUGUUCCAUGACACCAAUUGCUAAAGACACUGCUGAAAAUGUAAAAAAAAAAAUUUUUUUCCAGUCAACAACCGUUUUUUUAAUUAAGAAAACUACUGUUUGAAGUAUGCAUGUUAAUAAGAGUUACUGCCCCUUGUUAUAUUUCAUAUCAGCAAGAGUCAUUGGGUUAGGGUUCCUUUUUGUGUUAACAGUUCUAGUCUUAUCAGGUAGGAAUUGUUAUAGUUACAUUCCAGUAUAAAUUAAUUAUGUAUUAGGUAUAUUUUGUAGGCAAGUUUUUAAUUAUUUUGUAUAUUUAUUUUUAAUUUAUUCAUUAAAUAUAUAUUCAUACUGCUAGGUUUUUUUACCCACUGUUUCAUAGAAAAUGUAUUUAUUCUUCUAACAAAUCAAGUGGGAUUUUAUUAGCUGCAGGACCAUAUGUCUUAUUGUCCUUAAUGAUAAUUAUUGGUAUUUGUGGACCAUAGCUCUAUUGUCGGCACAAAUCAGAAAUCACUACCGGCUUAAAGACUAUGGUUCUGAAGUUAAGAUUUAAUACACUAAGAAUUUUCAUUUCUGUCAAUUCAUUGUUAGUUUUGUAGUCAUAAGAAAUAAUUUUAUAGAGUUAUUUCUAGGAUAACCUUGAAUUGAAGAUAUUACUCUUUAAAUAUCAGAAUUUCAAUAGUUAAUAUGAGCAGACUUUUUACAUUGUGUGGCUGACGAAUCAGUGUUGAUUUUGAAGAGUUGAUAAUUAGAAAAUCAGUUUUUGUAAAUUUGUAGAUGAAAUUUAUAUUGUUUAAGAGAACAGCAUAAGAGAUCUGAAAGUACUGAGAUUUAUAGACUUUUGAGAUGGAUACUUAAGGUCUAGUUGCAAUAAAUGGCAAUGUCACAGAUUUUUAGAAGUUUUGCACACAACUUGAUCAUUUUGAACUUUUAUUGAAAAUUAAAGAAAUUUUUACAUGAUCUGUUUUAUAUUUGACAGAAUGAUGUAAUGAAAACUCUGAAAAUAGAUACAAAUAUAAGAAUGCACAUUACCAGACAUUAAUGUUAUCUUGAUUAUAAUCAAAAUGAUCUUAAUCAUAAAAUUAAGCCAUUGAUUAAUAAAAAAGUUGAUAUAUUACAUUGUACAACCAAACAUUUUUGUUUUCACUAUGUGAAUUAGUUAUAAAGUCACCAGAAUUGCAUUUUGUGCACACAGGUAAAUGAGUAAAAAAAUCUCAGAAAAUGUCCAAAUAAGUGUAAUUUUGUAAUACUUUGAAAUUAAUAAACAAAAAAUCAUAUUUUAAAAAACUUUCAUAGAAGAGGACUUUUAUAAUUUUUCAUUCAAACAUAUUUUGAAAAAUACAUUUUUUUAGUUAAAAUUGAAAAAUGCCCUUAUGUAACUUGACCUUUUCAAAUAUUGCAUUUAUUUCUUCAAUUUUGAAGUC